UGCCUGCCCGCUCUCCGCCUCCUCGGCCGCCUCCGCCUCCUGCUGCUGACGUCUCGUCCGUCUGAAAAACUCCAGGCGGCGGCGGCGGAUGCGGCGCUUCUGAGUGGCUCAGCGAGCAGCAGCAGCAGCAGCAAUCCGGAGCAGCAGCAGCACAGCCGCCGCCGCCGCUGCCUCCGCCGCGAAGAUGGUGGUGGUGGCCGCGUCGCCUUCGCCGUCUUCGUCCGCGGCCGCUUCGUGCGCCCGCCGCCUGGCCCGCCGCUCGCGCUCGGCGCUGGUCUUGGCGCUCACCGUGCUGCUCGUGCAGACGCUGGUCGUGUGGAAUUUCAGCAGCCUGGACUCCGGCGAGGAGGAGCAGCAGCGCCCGCCGCAGGGCAGCAGCAGCCGCAGCGCCAGCCGCCGCCGAGAGAAGCGCGACCUGGAGAGCAGCAACCCUGGCCACGACGGGCACCGCGCGCACCAGCACCGCAAGGGACCCGGCGCCUUCCGCGCCAAGGCGGCGAUGGAUCAGCCUCUCAAUCCUUACAAAGGCUUGGAAACCCAGGAUGGCUACUUUUCCCACCGGCCGAAGGAGAAAAUGCGGACGGACAGCAACAACGAGAACUCCGUCCCCAAGGACUUGGAAAAUAUAGACAAUAGCAACUUUGCUCCCAGGACACAGAAGCAGAAGCACCAGGUGGAGCUGGUGAAAAAGCCCCUGAGCAAGCAGAAGGAGCGUUUGCGGAGGAAGCUGGAGCAGGAGGAGAAGGUGAAAGAGAACUCGCUCCUGGGGAAAAGCUCCAAUGAGGUGCUGCAGUACGGCCACCCGGCCCCAAAGACCAGCAUCAAUGGCAGCCAGUUGAAAGACAUCCACAGGUCCCAGGCCAGGCAGCACCAUCUGAAGAAGAAUGGGAACAGCUCUCCUGAGCUCGCCUACGAGCAGCCCCCCAAAUGCGAAAUCUCGGGCAAGGAGGCCAUCUCCGCGCUCUCCCGAGCCAAAUCCAAGCAGUGUCGGCAGGAGAUUGCUGAGAUGUACUGUCAGCACAAGCAGGGGAAGCUGAUGCCGGAGCAAGUGACUCGUUUCUGCCCUCUGGAAGGCAAAGCCAACCACAAUGUACAGUGGGAUGAGGACUCCGUAGAAUACAUGCCAGCAAACCCAGUCAGGAUCGCAUUUGUCUUGGUUGUUCAUGGCAGAGCUUCCCGGCAGCUGACGCGCAUGUUCAAGGCUAUUUACCAUAAAGACCAUUUUUAUUACAUUCAUGUUGACAAGCGCUCCAAUUACCUGUACCGGCAAGUGCUCCAGUUUGCGAACCAGUAUCCAAAUGUGAAAGUUACUUCUUGGCGCAUGGCAACGAUCUGGGGAGGAGCGAGCCUUUUGUCGACCUACUUGCAGAGUAUGCAGGAUUUAAUGGAAAUGAAGGACUGGCAGUGGGAUUUCUUCAUUAACCUAAGUGCUGCGGACUACCCAAUCAGGACAAACGACCAGCUGGUUGCCUUCCUUUCCAGAUACCGAGACAUGAACUUCUUGAAGUCCCAUGGAAGAGACAAUGCAAGGUUUAUUAGAAAACAAGGGCUGGACAGGCUUUUCCUGGAAUGUGAUACCCACAUGUGGCGCCUUGGUGACCGGAAGAUUCCGGAAGGAAUAACGGUGGAUGGCGGGUCAGAUUGGUUCCUCCUGAACAGGAAGUUUGUGGAAUAUAUCACCUUUUCUAACGAUGACCUGGUGACAAAGAUGAAAAGGUUCUACUCCUACACGUUACUCCCAGCCGAGUCUUUCUUCCACACCGUCCUGGAAAACAGCCCUCAUUGCAACACAAUGGUAGACAACAACCUGCACAUCACAAACUGGAACCGCAAGCUGGGUUGCAAAUGCCAGUACAAGAAUAUUGUGGACUGGUGCGGCUGCUCCCCUAAUGAUUUCAAGCCGGCCGAUUUCCACCGAUUUCAGCAAACCACAAGACCCACCUUCUUUGCGCGCAAAUUUGAAGCGGUGGUGAAUCAAGAAAUAAUUGGCCAGCUGGAUUACUACUUGUAUGGCAACUACCCAUCGGGCACUCCAGGCCUGAGAUCGUACUGGGAGAAUGUCUAUGACGAACCAGACGGGAUCCAUAGCAUCAGUGACGUCAUGCUGACCAUGUACCACUCAUUUGCUCGCUUGGGCCUGAGGAGAGCAGAAACCUCCUUCCACACUGAUGGUGAAAACAGCUGCCGAUAUUACCCAAUGGGCCACCCAUUCUCCGUCCAACUCUACUUCCUUGCUGAUCAUUUUCAGGGUUUCCUUGUCAAGCACCAUGCUACCAAUCUGGCUGCCAGUAAGCUGGAGACCUUAGAGACAUGGGUGAUGCCCAAAAAGGUGUUCAAAAUUGCAAGUCCACCAAGUGAUUUUGGAAGGCUGCAGUUCUCUGAGAUUGGAACCGACUGGGAUGCUAAGGAGAGAAUAUUCCGGAACUUUGGGGGACUCAUUGGGCCCAUGGAUGAGCCAAUCGGCAUGCAGAAGUGGGGGAAGGGCCCCAACGUCACUGUUACUGUCAUCUGGGUGGACCCCACAAACACCAUCGCCGCCACGUAUGAUAUCCUAAUAGAAUCCAGCGCGGAGUUUACUCACUACAAGCCACCAUUGAAUUUGCCUCUCCGCCCCGGAAUCUGGACUGUUAAGAUCCUGCAUCACUGGGUCCCUGUAGCGGAAACCAAAUUCCUGGUCUCUCCUCUGACAUUUUCCAACAGGCAAAGCAUCAGGCAAGAAGAAGCCACGAGGUUGCACGGCGGACCUCCAAAGAACGCCUACAUGGAGCAGAGCUUCCAAGGCCUCAACCCGGUUCUGAACAUUCCCAUCGACGCUGCGCAGGUGGACCAAGCAAAGAAGAAUGCAGCCCUAACGGGCAGCAAGCUGGAGAACUGGGUGGACAAACUGGUGGGAGGCAUGUGGUCAGCUGUGGAUAUCUGCAGCACAGGCCCCACCUCCUGCCCAGUCAUGCAGGCCUGUAGCCAGACAUCUUGGAGUUCACUCAGCCCAGACCCAAAAUCUGAGCUGGGGCCUGUUAAACCCGACGGCCGUUUGAGGUAGCACAGGGUACACAUCCCUCCACUGGCUUUUAAAAGGGAAUUUAACAUGGUUGCUCUUGUGACAUGGGGGGGAGGAUUAUCCGCCUGCCCUUCUAAACUUGGGCUGGUUUCAAAGUGGAUUAACUGCCAGGCAUCCUUCAAGAAAUCGUACAAUUUAGUUUUCACAUAGUUCUUGGAAGUGGUACGGAGGGUCGACAGCUAAUUUCAUCGAAUGGCUGUCAUUUUAAGCUCCGGGAAGGUGUGGAGAGAAGGAAACCGGUUUUUAAAACAUGCCUUAAGUUUUUAGCGCGGGUGCAGUAUCAAGGCUACAGAUUAUUUAAAACCUCAGUCUGAGGUGUAUUGGCUAUUUUAUCACACACACACACACACACACACACAGAGAGAGAGAGAGAGAGAGAGAGAGAGAGAGAGAGAGAGAGAGAUGGGAAAUGAGUAGCAAAAUGGCAGCCGGUUGCAGAUGCUGAAAUUGCCAUCGCUCCCCAUGCCAUCACUUCCCAAAGCAUUCCCACAGCAGCCUAGCAAAAGUGUUGACAUUAUCACUAUGCCAAGCCGUGUUUUAACUGGCAAGGACUUGGGGCUCCCCAUCCCCCUUUUCUUAUGUAUGUAACUAUAUAUUUAUUAAUUUAUUUCAGUCUGACACACACAGAGACCCCACAACUCUCUGAUAUUCACAAGAGUUCAAUAUUUGUCAUAGCAGACUACAAAACACUUGCAGAGAGCCCCAAUGGGAAGAAACCCCUUCCUCUACCCCAGCAUUUUUAAGAAGUGGUUUCAGGCAGGGGAAUAGCAGCUGUUUAGGGAAGUUUUUAAUGUUUAAUGCUGUAUUGUGUUUUUAAUAUUCAGUUGGGAGCCUCCCCGAGUGGCUGGGGAAACCCAGCCAGACGGGUGGGGUAUAAAUAAUAAAUUAUUAUUAUUAUUAGUAUUAUUAUAUAGUGAUAACAGGGAAAGAGUUCAACUACUCCCACCAGCCUGUGCUUAAUCUUGAAGCUACAGGGACCUGGUGAUGGAUAAGGAGUCUCUCUGCCUCAGGCCCUCAAGAGCUGCUGCCGGUCAGAGCAGUCACCCCUGGGCUUGGUUUAAGGCAGUUUCCAAUAUUCUGAUUUUAGAAGGUUGCAGGAGGGAAUCCUGGGUAGGGCGCAAGGCAGGAAGACCAGCAGUAGGUGGCGCCAGUGCAAGGCAGAGGCAUCUCAUUUCUAGUCUUGUCCCCAUCUUCCUCCCUGAUAAAUUUCUACUGAGGGCAAGGAGGAGGAGGAAGAUGACAGCACUGUGCCCCCCCCCCCCAGAAUGGUUGUCAGCAAGAAGACAGGCACAUGGGCUUAUGGGAAUCAAGGCCGAGACUGGUGGGGCAAUCACCCCAGUGGCUCAGUUUGGGACAAAUGACUCUUUGGGGCUAGUGUUAAAAGCUGCUCUUCCAUAGGAUGGAGAGCAGCGCCUCCUGGAGUGCAUUUAUGUGUUUUACCUGUGACAUUUUAGCAGGUCUUGAGCACAGUUUUUCCACUUUUGGGAACUGGUGGUAUAUCAUUUGGUCCCCAGGCAGCCUAACACUGAGGAAAAAGUACAGAUUCUGUUAACAUUCAAAUAGCAUUUUAGUCCAAUUAAUUUCUAGCUAAGCUCUUUGGCAUAAGUUGUGCAAUCUACAUAUACAAGUGGGUGUGUUUGUGUAAAAAUAGCCAGUUAAUGUAUUUUUUCUAAAAAGGUUUCUUUCUCUUCUCUCCCCACCCCUACAUUUUGCGCCUGUGUAAAACUUUCAGGCCUACUCUAGUGUAAUCCUGUGCAUGCGUACCUGGGCGUAAGGGCACUUCCAGGCUGCCACUGUUUUGCUGUGGGAUUCAGUCACAUACUGGCAAGUUCAACUUGUGCAGUUGUAAUUGAUCAGGAGGGUCCUGUGUGACAAACCAGCUUCCCCCGUCCCACCCCAGACUGAACUUCCUUGAGAUAAGGAAAGUGAUGGCAAAUUGCAUUGGAAAGUGUUGGCUUUUAAGACCACAUCACCUAACCUAUCUCACAAACAAAGCAGAACGAAUGACCAUUCAAACAGCCACCUCCUUGCAAACAAAUGAGGUUGGAUGGUCAGUAAACUGGUACCCUGGAAGCAGCCUCAAUCCCAAUUAGUUUAGCGGGGCUUCCUUCUGAGUAGACCUGCACAGACUAGCACUGUUCUGUAAGCUCACCUGUUGGGAGAGCCUGACGACAGAAGAAGCACGUCGCAAGAAUCCGUUAAAUUCCCUUUUAAAACAACUGCAAUGGUGACCGUAAACAAAAAAAGAAACUUCUGAGUUUCCAGUGGCUUGCUAAUGUUUUUCCUCUCACCAUCCUGUUUGGUUUAAAGCUACUACCGUUCGCUUUGGACUUUGAAAUUGCAGUGUCAGCUGUGCUGGCAUGAAGGCAGAGCAUUAAAUGUUUAGAGCUGGCAGCAAAGGAGGCUACAUAGGAGGGCGGUUUUAGGUAUUUAUUUGUAUUUUUAGUCAAUGACUAAUUAGUAGGUGCUGCUUAUGCAGCUUGGAGAUUAUCUUAUCUUACUAACGAAAGCUGCCUUUAUUAAGAAAAGGCCUUUUUUUAAGAAAAACAAAACAAAACAAAAAGACAUCUCAUUUCUUCCCCCUUCCCUUUUCCUGCAUUCUUGAUUUCCACUCAAAUAAGAAUUCUGACUACAAAAAAAGAAAACCUAGAUGUUCCAAUUGCUGAUAAAAGAGGGGAGAGAGGAUGGAACCCAUUCCGUCAGAAAUCGUCCAGUCAGAGGUAGCAGCUGCUCAUAUCAGUGUACCCAUCCAUGUCUCUCAGAAUCCUAGAAAACCACAGUUCUAUAGGUCCAUGAUCUCUGCCAUUGUCCCUGCUGGCAAGGGCUGAUGGGCAUUUGAGUCCAAUAACAUCUGGAGGGCCAUGGAUUUCCCUGUCCAUGGCUUAGGUGCUUCUGUAAGAAGACCUUCUCUCCUGGAGAACCGUCCCAAGUCCUAGCAGAAGACCAGGAGCCCAACAUUCUCAUGCUGAAACAAGGAAAACCUAGAUUUCCAUCCAGCCUUGCGGGGCUUAUUCAUUCAUCUGUGUUCAUCACUCUCUGAGCUGCACCUAAGUGGUCUUCCUUGAAAACGACUGUGCUGAGUUGAUGUGAGCCAAUGGCGUUUGAUGUUUGGCAGGCAUCUCCCAUGCUUGGGUCAUUGCUUCAGGUUGUGCUCACUGAGCGCCGAACGAUGCAUAUGCAAAUCUGCCCAAGCUGGGAUUUUGUCCCUCAAUCUCCUUGAGCGUCUCAGGUCAAGGCAGCUUCCUAAAUCUAUGGCGCAGAUCACUCAGCAUGCAGCAAUCCCCACAGUUGCUCCUAGUAGACUGUGAUGCAUCUUGAGCUGGACUCCCUGGUUAUGUGGACUGUGGAAACAGAUCCACCGCCUGGAGCUUCUAGCACACAGAUGAAGCCCUACACCGGAAUUCCCAAAAGCUUCAUCUGUAGGCUGAAUGGAUGGGAAAGUAACUGCUGAGUCCACCAGGUUCGGCUUGCCUGCAACAUCCGCUCAUUCUUAGCACAUCAGCACCCUGUGGAUGCAACUCUUUGCACAUUGGCAGAAGAAUGAGAUCUGUGGCUCAACGGGCACGUAACCGUGUGCAGGAUCUGAGCCACAUUCUUUAGACCAUUCUGGGCGCUCCACUUUCACUCCACCUACCCAACAGCUCUUGUGCUACAACACCUCCAUGCGGAAUGUAACAGGUUUGAACUCGUGCAAGGAAUCUUUGUGGUUGUUCAAGAGCUUCCAGGGAGCACAAAACCCCAAGAUACCACUGAGCAGCUUAGGGAGGGCUUAGCUCAGCUGUAGAUCCUCUGCUUUGCACGCAGAGGGUCCCAGGUUCAAUCCUUGGCAUCUUCAGGUAAAGCUGGGAGUGAAACCUCUCUGAAACCCUGGACAGCCACUGCCAGUCAGUGUAGACAAUGCUGAGCUCGAUGGACCAGUGGUCUAACUCAAUAUAAGGCAGCUUCCUAUGUUCCUUUCAUUAGGCAGCUGUAAGAGUCCUUAUGUAACGCAAAAUAUUCUUUACUCUCCUCCUUCUCCCCCUCCCGAGAUUCCUGAUGCUUCAGAGGUGGCCCUUUGCACUUCAUUCCGAAGCAUUAAAUAUAUAUGUAUGUAUUUUCCAGCUUAGUAUCAUGGUAGCAGUUUAUGUCAUGUUUUUCUUGACAAGUUCAGAUGCUGUUAAUCAGGCAUGGUGGGGAGAACUGUGGCCCUCCAGAUAUUGCUGGACUACAAUUCCCAUCAUCCUGCAGAGGGGGCCCUCCAUCCUUGCAGUUUCCUCCCCAAAACCACCUGUUUUCAUUCUCUCUCUUUCCUGCCCAAUUGCUUCUGCCUUGGUUACCUUCUUUUGCUACCAAAGGUACUACCUCACUAAUACUUUGAAACGUGUUUACCUAAUGAAAACAAGAAAAGAGGGUUUGGGGAAAGUGGGGGGGAAAUAGCUGAAUGUACAAUCUAUGCAAAUUCAUUCUUUCUUUCUUUCUUUCUUUCUUUCUUUCUUUCUUUCUUUCUCUCUCUCUCUCUCUCUCUCUCUCUAUUUUAGUAAUUUAAAAUAAAAAAGACAAAGAAAGAAAACUUAUAAGUAUUAGAACUUGCCAAAUAAACAGCAAGAUACUGUACAGGUGCCUCUGAUAGCAGAGCGAUCUUCUACCCGGCACAGUUCAUUGUGCCGUAUUUGUAUAUUAUAGAAAAAAUGAGUUGUCUUUUGGUUCCGUUUGUGAUUAGAAUCACCCUUGAUGGAAGGAGGUGGUUGGCGUUGCUUUGUUAAAGAACAGCACCUUCAGAUUUGCUGGGGAAAUAUGCCGGACGAAGAAAUGGAGCGUGCUUUGUAGGGUUUUUUUUUUAUGUUGGUUGCCAUUAACAAACAGCGAUGGCAACAGCAAAAAAGUGUGGGGCACUGGCUCCUUUUUUAAAAAAGCUUGGGAGGCUGUUGGUUGAGAGAUUUCCCUAUGGGUAAAUCAGGUUAUCUGGACUGUUUCCAACUCAGUGUUCAUGCCAUGGCAUCCUAUGAGUUGCCCCUUUUAGAGAAGCCUUAAGUUCUUUCAUCUUUUUUUCAAUGUGGCCUUAAAACUGUGUGUGUGUGGAAAUUUUAGCUGUUGUAUAUUCUUUCUCUCUUGACUAUUGUCAACGUAUUAAAAAACAAAAGCACCUUGA